AGUAGACGCGUCAACUUCUUGGUGGUUCCUCGAUAUGAUGAUGUAAUUUAGGAUGUCUUCCCAAAACCAAUCGGAAGACCUAGAUUCAUCCGGAGUUGAACCGGAUGUUCUUGCAGAGAAAAUCCGGGAUGUAAAUCUUGACGAAACGGUGGAUAGCGAGAUAAUGGGCGAUGCCUUACGCGAUGGCGCUACAAGCGGGUUAUCAGGUAUGGGUGAAAGCGAAGUAUCUAUGGUAUCAGAAGUCCCACCCAGUACCGUGACUAAUCAGCCAUUUCCGCAAACUAGUACAAAGGUCUACUAUCACAUAGAUGAUGAGCCAACUCCAUACCUCACUGAAGUUCACGUUCCUCCCGAUUUAAUCACGCUAGGAGAUGUCAAGCGAGUGUUGAUGCGUUCAAACUUCAAAUACUACUGUAAAGCGUUGGACCAGGAUACGGGAUGUGAAGUGAAAGCUGAGAUUCGCGAUGAUAUGGAACGGUUGCAUCGAUCGUCAAAUGGGCGCUUCGAAUUGUUUCUGCUCACUACCGAAGGUUCUACUCAUUCAGAUGGUUCAUCAGGUCUUCCGAAAAGUGCUAGGCAUCAUAUGGUUCCCGGACCAGCCCCUACGAGUAUGUAUCACCUCAGUCAGAAUGCUUACCGUCAAGCCGUUCAUCAAUAUGAUAAUAGCUUGCUCAGUACGGACUCCGAGUCAAUGAUCUCAGCCCCUGUUCCGCAAUAUAUGAAAGGAAGCUUGAACAGGAGACACGUCCAACCUCAGUAUAUAAUGGGCCAUCGUGGGCGGCGUUUUGAAGAUUCCACCAUAGGAUCCGAGAGCGAUGCUAGGAUGUUUUCAGAUGAAGACGACAGAGGUUCGACAACCACGGAUAUCACUUCUGUUUCGCGGCAACAUGAAAAUAUGUACAAGAAGCAACGGAGGCGGCGACAGUACCGACGGCCAUCUAGGGCGUCCUCUUUCUCAAGCAUAACAGAGUCAUCCAUGAGUUUGGACGUAGACACGGUGAUUCUCAACAUGGAUACUGUCAAUUUUCUGGGGAUUUCUAUAGUUGGACAAAGUUCAGCCCGUGGAGAUAAUGGAAUUUAUGUUGCAAAUAUCAUGAAGGGAGGUGCAGUUGCACUAGACGGCAGAAUAAGCGCAGGCGAUAUGAUUUUGCAAGUAAAUGAUAUCUCGUUCGAUAAUUUUACGAAUGACCAGGCUGUCGAUGUUCUGCGGGACGCAGUCGCUAGAAAAGGGCCAAUCAAGUUGACAGUUGCUAAGUGCUUUGAUAGUGGACCAAAGAGUUGUUUCACAAUCCCUAGAAAUCACCGGGACGAGCCUGUCAGACCUAUCGAUACGCAAGCAUGGAUACAACAUACUAAUGCUAUGCGAGGAAUGCCAAGUAUUUUAGAAGGGUCAGAAGGUGCGCCGACUCCAAUACCAGGAGAUUGGCCGCAUGGAAGACCGCCUAGCAGUUCAACCGUGACCUCUACUGGUUCGAACGGACAAAAUACUGUCGUAACAGGCCAACAUAUUCGAUUAGAUAUACACACCGACAAGAAAAAGGUCGUUGAAGUUAUGGCAAUGCCUAAUUCUGGUCUUGACAUAAAAAAUAGGACGUGGUUGAAGAUCCCAAUUCCAAUGUCCUUUUUAGGGAAAGAUCUUUUGGAUUGGCUUUUGGCUCAUGUUGAUGGUUUGCUGGAACGAAAAGACGCUCGGAAAUAUGCAGCUGAGCUAUUGAAGCGAAAGCUCAUCGCUCAUGUGGUCAAUAAGAUCACUUUCACUGAACAGUGUUACUAUGUCCUUGGAGAAGAGUGCGCAGACUUCGCUCGGUAUCGCGCCCACCCUGAAGAGCUUGUUGCUCAUCAGCAGCUAGCCCCUGGACAACAGCAGCGACUACAUUGGACUACAGUGCCAGGCAGCGCGACGACAAAGGCACCUGCAUCGAUGGUAAGCGGAUAUGCCUCAAUGCCAGUCUCGCCUUAUCCUCAUUUUUCUGGUCCAGGUGCGCCCAUUUCACAUCGAGGUGCCGGACCCGAUGUGAGAUCACAGGCUAGUGGUGGAUCUGGCGAUGGAAGCGGUUCAGGAAGCGAUCAUAAAAGGCGUCAGGUAGUGAUUCCGGCUGCUCCAUCGACAUCUGCUAUUCCUGCUAGACUGGACGAGGUGCCAUCUGAUCUCGCUGCUAGUCGACAAUCUUUUCGUAUGGCAAUGAAUCAUCCUUACGAGUUUUUCGUUGAUAAUCUUUGACUUAUAAUUGUUUUUUGUUAUUUUAGCUCCUCAAAAUUUUUUGAUUAUUCUAUAUUAUGACUGAAACGGCACAGUCACAUUCUUUAUGUUUCAUGUGCGGGAUGUUUUUUUCUGGCGCUGUUGUUUCUGUUUUAUGCUAUCGAUUGAUGCUUUUAUAUAAUGUACAGUUAUGUAAUUUCUUAUUAUGUACUUAUGCCUGCGGAACAGUAGCUGUCCGUGCAGGAAAACUUUUUUCAUUACGCCUCUCAAAAUGUCUAGGUUUUGUUGUAUGAAUGCUCAAUCUUCUGUUGGGUGCUCGCAUGAAAGUAAAACCUUAC